AUGCUCCUUCCCCACAACUCCUCCACCUCCCAACACCUUACGGGUUCAUCUUCGUGCACCAUCCUUCCUGUUCCAAUCUGUUCAUUUCUCUCCGCUCCUGCUCCCUACAGAUCUAGAUCUAGAAGCACUCUAUCCGCCAGCAUGGCUCAAAAGCGUAAGGGGCAGGCCCUUAACGACUGCCCCAAGGAUCUUAACGACAUUCCUUACAUCCGCUGGAUGAACCAGCAGAUCGCCAACGGGCGCCAUGCGAAGGGAUUAUCCGCGCCGCCCGUGCUUGACGGCCAGGGAUCUUGUGCACAGUCGCCCAGUGCGGCCCCGUCACGUGUGCGCCGUCAGCCCGCAAGGACGGCUGCAACACACCGGCCUGUCGUGGAGCAAGAUGCUGACGAUGACGAUGAUGACGACCCCGAACAAGGCCUCGACACCGACGACGACGAGGAGGAACCGGAAGACGCUAGGAUGUCGCCCAGCGACGACGACGACGAUGUUGAGGACGCCGAGGACGACGCCGAGGAUGACGCCGAGGAGGAAGCGCAACCUGUGUCCCAGCCGCCGAAACGGAGCACCGCACGCGCAUUUGGCAGGAACAAAGGCAAAGGCAAGGCGGCGCCACCACCGCCACGCCAGGAGCCACGGAAGAAGCGGUCGGCUGCUCCAGUCGAGAGGGGCUUAUGGUCGGACAAGGAGAGCACCAUAUUCGCCGCGGCGAAGUGGUUCAUGAAAGAGGAGCUCGAGUCUCUCAAGGGGAAGCAGGGGACGCAAUACUGGGUCCGACUACUCGCGCACAUCAAGGAGUCAAACCCUGGAUGGUGCAGGGGUGUCAACGCGUUGCAGAAGCAGUGGCGUAACUUGACGCUCCUCUGGCGGGAGUACAAGCGUGGCGACGGGGGGUCAGGCCACGGCUCGGUUGAGAAACCACCGUGGUAUCCGUACCUGGAGCUGCACAACCAGGACACCGCCGCAGCCGCACCGCAUGCGGUGGACGGCGGCGGCGCCACGGACAUCAACGUGCCGGCCGGCAUGGAGGUUCCAAGUUCGUCUCAGCCAGGCACGUCAACACCAACCUUUACGGCUCCGCCGCCGCCGACCACCGCAACACCCAGGCGCGCACGGGUGCAUGAGGCGGCUACCAUGCAAGCAGCCAAGCUGGUCUCCGCGACCAUCAAGGAUUGUCACGGUGACGCGAUGACGCGCAUUGAGAGCCUCGUCCGUGAAUGGAUGGCGCAGGACAUGCGACUUGCCCGCGAGCGCACGACGGAAUCGGCGCCCCCGGACGUGCACCGUGCGCCGCCGGAUUUCAGCCCUCCUCCGCCACGCGGGGAGUCCGCGCCACCUCCCGCAGCCGCACAGCAUGGCGACGAUGUUGGCGACGUCAACACCGUCACUCCGCGGCGCCGACGAUUAGCGAUCACACAACACGCGGCUCCUGCGAGAAUGCGCCACAACAUGCAGUCGUUGCGCCCGCCGAAGAUGCGCCAUCUCCCUUUGAAGGCGCCGAUGCACCUCUCCACCGCCAUGCGUGUGGCGCUCUGGCAGUAG